AUGCCAGCGGGUCAUGUGAGAGCUCCUCUCAUAGUGCCUCUCCGACUCCCGGUCGAGGGCCAGUACAAAAAUUCGAUUGAUAGUUCUACACAAGUGGAAAUCUCCACUGACACACCGUUGGCACGAGUCUACUUCACGAUUGAUGGAUCUAGACCGGAUCCCACCUCGUGGAAGCCUCGUCACCCGCAGUCUGGGCCAACCUACCUUUUUCGAGGGCCAUUCACCCUCCCAGCCGGCGCGAAAACAAUCAAGGCGCUAGCUUUCAUCCCUGACACUAAUCAGGAAAGCAAUGUUGUAACGAAGACCUUCGAUGUUUUGGCAACUUCAGGCGAGGGUGCCGAUGGCAAUGAUCCGUGUCCCGGAUCGGAUGACUAUGAUUUCUUGGAUGAAUUGAAAAACAAUAAGACGAAGGCUAACAAAGUGGAAGUUGAGAAGAAUUCAAAAGAAGUUGGGGAUGUCGUUCGGAAGUCAUCUAUCUCAAAAUCACCUGAAGGCCGACUCACCAAGGCUGUGGAGACAACUUCAUGGGCACAAGACCGGUUCCCUGUAAUUUCCGUUGAGGGAGACAAGCCAAAGAAAGUAUCACCCAACGUGAAUUUAUGCCGUAUUAAUCGUUUGCAGAGGGCGGUUGACAUUUUUAACUGUCCAACAUGCCUGGCCUCGAGACCGGUUGACACUGACGCAGCAUUCUGUGCGACAUGCGGCACCUCCUUGCCACGACUACCAAGUCCUAUCAUCGCUCCUGCACAAAAGAUCGCAAACUCGAACGUCUGCAUCACCUGCGGCUCUAGAAUGGUGGUGAAUGCCAAUAAGUGCCUGGUCUGCGAAUCACCCAAAGGACACUUAAAAAAGGCAUUGAUCGGAGAACCGGAUAGCAUGGAUCGUCGCCUAUGCUCCGCUUGUGGUUCGCUCAAUCCAACUCGAGUCAAGUUCUGUCUCACCUGUGAGGCAGUUCUUCCCCUUACUGCAACCAAUCUUAUAAACAUCUCCUCACUCCUCCGCAACCCACAGAAAUCGCCAUCACCCCCUCCUCCCCCUACCUCCACCAAUACGACGUUCUCCAGUCGGUUGGUGGCCGGUUGCCGGAUCUGCUCGCGGCAGAACUCGUUGGGUGCACGGUUUUGCGACUGGUGCGGCAUUCAGGAGCCCUGUGAUGUAGAUCUAGCAAGUCAACUCCAGAGUUACGCAGUCUGUCCCAAGUGUUACUGGCAAACACCUCGUGACUCGCGUUUCUGCUCCCAGUGUGGAUUUGGUUUUGCUGGAGCCUCGGAAACAUCCUCUGUGUGUGACUUUUCGCUAGGACCCAGCACCCGUGCCUCUGAGUCAGGAAACCACUCACUAGUUUCACUGACGCCGCGUGCCAACAGAACAGUGUCCACUCAAACAGUGGGGCUCUUCUACCUCGGAGGCGGUCACAGCAAACCACUCGUAUCUCCUGACCACCCUAUCAAGAGCCCGCCCAGAUCGCGACCCCAUAUGAUGGGUUUUGUCAGUCCAGGCAAAGGUUUAUGGCGAAUGCAACUUGAGCACUUGGUGGCGCAUGUGAAGGCUUACACCAGAAAUAAUGUGGACUUUCAGAAGGCAGUCGGUGAACCACGAAUGGGAAAGCUCGUGUACGCGGACGUGGAUGAGAGCCAACCGGAGGAGGUGUCACUUUGCUUCACCUUCAAACGCCACAGCUCCCUACCACGCGCCUGCGCGUUCGUUGAGACUACGGAGACCUCGACAGGUGUGGUGGAGGAUGGUGAUCGAAUGAGCCCCAGCUUCCCCACUACUAUUCCAAGAUCUCGACGCCAGACUAACAACAACAACGCCUCAGAUAUCUCCCAUCCCUUGCGGGCGGCCAGCACGCCAAUUUCCCAUUGUGGUGCAUCCUACGCAAGCGGUAAUACUACCAAGUCUAUACCUUCUCCGUCAGUGGACCAACCCUUCCGAUCCUCCUCACCGAAAUCAAACAUAACUGAUGAAGUCCUCCACAGAGGGUUGGAUAAGUUGCAAGAGUCGAGCGGCUCGUUCAUGAAGGACUCGUCAUUGGGACACGAAGAGGAUGCAAAUACUGUGGAUCAGACGAUUUCCCAAAGAAACAACACGGCUUUUGCUCUAGUCACCUCCGCUUCUGCUUCACCUUUAUCUCCCAACUAUGGAAGCGCGAGCCCCCACAAGCUCCUUCCUCGGGAAACUCGCUCGGAGGGCAUCUUCGAGGCGAUUCCAGAGUUCAAUUCAAAAGUUGAGGAGGACUACGCCCAAAGACUGGCACCUUACGACUCGGCAGUCCAUGUGAUUGCAAUCCCGUUGCAGAAAUCGUUGCAGACAAUGAGUCUCGCCUAA